CAAUUAUACCGUAAAAAGCCUAAUAUGUCAAUGAAUUCAGCUAGAUUAGAGUGUAAUAUAGCUAAAAAUAGAUAUCGUGAUAUUUCACCUUAUGAUCAAACUAGGGUGAUAUUAAAAGCAAGUGUUUCUGGGGACUAUGUUAAUGCUAAUUUUGUAAAUAUGGAAAUUCCUGGAAGUGGUAUUGUCAAUCGUUAUAUAGCAGCCCAAGGUCCUUUACAAAAUACUUGUACAGAUUUUUGGCAGAUGGUUUGGGAACAGCAUUGUACCUUAGUCGUCAUGUUAACAACUAAAGUGGAACGUGGUAGGGUCAAAUGUCACCAGUACUGGCCAGAACUCUAUGAAACUCAAGAUUUCGGUGCCCUACAAAUAACAUGUGUCAAAGAAGAAGACACCACAUCCUUUGCAUUUAGAGAGUUUAAUUUGACCCACGUAGAAACAAAUGAAGAAAGACACAUACGCCACAUGCAAUAUAUCUCCUGGCCAGAUCACGGUGUUCCAGAUGAUCCUGGAGAUUUUUUACAGUUUGUUGUUCGAGUUCGACAGAGUAGAGCAGGCAUGGUGGAACCAACUGUAGUCCAUUGCAGUGCUGGAAUAGGGAGAACAGGAGUGUUGAUCACCAUGGAAACAGCAAUGUGUUUAAUAGAAGCUAACCAACCAUGCUUCCCGUUACAAAUAGUUAAAAACAUGCGCGACCAAAGAGCCAUGUUAAUUCAAACCUCUAGUCAGUAUAAAUUUGUAUGUGAAGCAAUUUUACGAGUUUAUCAUGGUAAGUGGAUAUAUUAG